AUGACAGAAGGUGACGACGAGAAGAAAGUGCUAGCCCUAUUGAGGGAGAAGCUGCUCAAAGAAGCCUCUUCUUCUGGCGCUCUCGCACACACACCUGAACCAUGGGAGAUCUCAAAUCACCCUCUCUAUCUUCACCAUUCGGAUCAGCCUGGUGCGAUUCUCGUAUCACAAUCCUUGGCAGAAGACAACUACAUGCAAUGGAGCCAAUCCAUGGCCAUGGCAUUGCAGAUCAAAAACAAGAUUGGCUUCAUCAAUGGGACCUCACAACGUCCUACAGAAGACCAGGCAGAUGAGCGGCAACAGUGGGACAGAUGUGACAUUCUUGGCAAAACUUGGCUUGGAGCAUCUAUGUCGAAUCCUAUUGCCAAGAGUGUCAUGCACUGCAAAAGCGCUCGAGCAGUUUGGCUUGAGUUGCAAGAAAGGUUCAUGCAAUCCAACACCGUCCAGUUAUUCAACAUAGAGAAUGAGAUUCACGGAUGUGAACAAGGUACCGAUUCUGUGACUACCUUUUUCACUAAACUCAAGGCACUAUGGGAUGAGCGAGAUGCCCUUUGUGAUCUAAGUCCCUGUGCAUGUGAGGAAGGUGGCAAGCUAUGUGAGUAUGUGAAAAAUAAAAAAACAAUGAAGUUUCUCAUGGGAUUGAAUGAGAAUUAUGCGCAAAUACGUGGCACCAUUGUUGCUAUUGAGCCUCUCCCGGUUGUCAACAAAGCCUACUCGAUGGUUCUUCGUCAUGAGAAACAGGCUGAGGCAGCCAUGGGAAGCAAACAAGGCGUGCAACAACAAGAAGCUGCAGCCUUUACCGUGAGAGGCAGUGACCGAGACAAUAGCCGAGACAACGGCAGAUCCAAUAGCCGUGCCGAGAGCGCCGAAGGCAGCAAGCCAAAAUAUGAAAAGUGCAAUAAGAGUCACCUUACCGAGAAUUACCGCCAGCAUCUAAAGUGCACGUUUUGCGGUUGA